AUGUCGCAACGAUAUCUUACAGAGAAGCGGGUCGAAACGGCUGAUUUGUCUCAGUCAGUCGAUACAUCUGAGCAGGCUGGAGAACGUGAGCCACGCAAGCAGUCAGCAUGGCAGCGAUGGAAGCCACGCUUACGCUUAUCACUCGCUCUACUACUCCCUGUCAUGCUUGAGACGCUUGAUUAUACCGUCGUCGCCACAGCACAGCCAAAUAUUGCUUCAGUAUUUGGGAGACUAGAUCUUCAAUCAUAUAUUGGUACAUCCUAUGUCCUCGGUUCCACCAUCUUCUUGCCGGUCGCUGCGUCCUUUGCAGACGUGUUUGGGCGUUAUGGUGCAAUGCAAGCUUCGGUAUUCAUAUUUAUUGUCGGAUCUGCCCUCAGCACUGGCGCUAUCAACAUGCCUAUGCUUCUCCUUGGACGUGGGAUUUCUGGAGUUGGUGCCGCUGGACUUUUAGGGAUUGUGCGCAUUCUACUGUCAGAUUCAGAGUCACUCGACGAUAAUAAUGCCCAAAAUGCUCUUAUGGUCGUCAUUUACUCGCUAGGGUUCUCAAUAGGCCCUACGCUAGGCGGAGUCUUACUGAAGGUGAACUGGAGAUGGAUUUUUGGCAUCAAUCUACCAAUUGGAGUGGCAUCAAUGAUUAUUAUGCAUCUCUUACUUUACAAACGCUGCAAAGGGCCGCAACCACCUCAACGAUUUCAGUAUCUCCCCCCAGACAUUGUUCGCAUGCUCCAAGCGAGGACUCAUGGGGGAUUUAUUGGAGGGCUUCAGCGAAUGGAUCUCAUCGGUGCUGGUCUCUUCAUCAUCCUUGGCAUUCCCAUCCUCCUUGCACUCAACUGGGGCAGCACGGAGGAAUGGAAUCAACCAAAGGUCAUUGCUUGUAUUGUCAUUGGUGUCGUGUUCCUUGCACUCUUUAUCUUGUGGGAGUAUGCUGUGGACCAUUCAACAGAUCAUCUCGCCAUUUCAUCCCCUGGUGACUCCACAUCACCGUCCACCAACGAUCAAGAGAAUCAAAUGUCUCAGAUCCCAGAGAAGAAAAUAGGUAUUCGUGCACGAUUUGCACGCGUCACGCCGGCAUUUACGCGUGUAACUGAUGCUAUGCUCCCUAUCAACAUGUUCCGCUCCUUCGACGUUGUGGCCACCGACUUUGCGGUCAUGACAAGCGGCAUGGUGAUGUUGGGCAUCUUUUACUUUGUUGCAAUCUUCUACAUUAUUGUUGAUGGCAAAGGCCCUGUCAGCUCGGCCAUUCAGCUCGGUAUUGGAACUGUUAUAUCACUCAUUCUCAUUCGGUUUGUCCGCCAACCAAAGCCGAUCGCCAUCCUGGGUGGUAUUGUAUUACCUGUUGCGAUUGGACUCCUCGCUCAGGCAAUGUAUAUCAGCAAUCAGGCGCAAAUUCGAGGAUUUAUGAUAAUGGCGGGUACUGGUAUUGGAAUCUCAUUCGGACCACUGACAUAUCAAGUGCGUUUUACACAACCGGAGGAUCGUGUUGCAAUUGUAGUCGCUUCCAACCUCUUCUUCCGCACCCUCGGUGGCACUAUCGGUCUUGCACAACUCUCAGCAGUAAUGUACUCACGCGUCCGAACCUACAUCACCUCUCAGGUCAAUCAUGGCUCCAUAACGAUCACCCAGGCAGGACUGAUUGCAGAGGCGUUGAACAGGUUGGACUCUUCUGGUGGAGAGAGCUCGAGUAAUGGAGGGAUUUAUUCUCUUCCAGAUCAACUCAAGACAAUUGCCAUCGAUGCAUUUCGCGAUGGAAUUCGUGCUGCCUUCUGGAGUUUGCUGCCGUGGCUAGCUGUCGCACUUGUCCUGUGCUGUUUUCUCUCGCACGUUCCAGAGGAGCGUCUUCGACGUCACCCUGCAGAAACCAAACCCACCACGUCUCAUUCCGAAACUUAG